AUGACCUCCCUGAAGCCUUUACAUGCGUAUAACCUAAGGAGCGAACAUCCAAAGCGGCUUCAGGACUUUGCAUCAGACCUCAAGAAGGCCUUGGAUGCUGUGACCCCGACUACCCAUGGAUAUUACCGCGAUGUAUCCGUAUUGGCCCUUCAUUGGCAGAACGAUGAGAUGAAAGUUGGUCGCCUCGAAUCCGAACUCAUGAAUAUCUUUGCGGGGGUUUACAACUUCAGGACUGAGAGUUAUCAGAUUCCAGUCACUGGGUCAUAUCCAUCUUUGAAUUACAAGCUCCUUUCAUGGUCUACCUCCAGGGGAGGCGAACAUACACUCAGAAUAGUGCUGUAUUCCGGACAUGCAGGAUAUGCCGGUACAACGGAUCUCCAAUGGUUUCUAGCGGGGCGAGCCAAUGCAAAGGGAGAUCUUGUAGGACCUAGAAUUGACUGGAGACGCAUAAGUGGAGCAGUCGAUAAUAUCGAAGGGGACGUUCUUUACAUCUUCGACUGCUGCUCUGCUGCCUCAGUGGCCAUGGGAACGGGUCCGGAGACCAUUGCGGCUUCGGGAUGGGAGCAAGCGGCAACGGAUAGCCUACGUUUUUCGUUCACCCAAGCCCUCAUAGACACCCUCAACGACUUGAGAGGGGCACCUGAGACUGCUGUCGGGAUCUAUGCUCGGCUUUUCCGAAACGCAUACCAGAAUCAGAUAGGUGCUUGCCCUAUACAUGUACCGAAGAAAGGGUCGCCAAGUAUCACUCUCCAGAAACUGGAACCGAGAGAGGUGCAGAGACUACAGGCCUUGAAGGCCCCUGGAUCUAACAGGGUGCUUAUCAGUGUGAAGACUCGUGAUGAGAUCUCGGAGCUGGAUCUGAAAUCAUGGACCAAGUGGCUCACGACAAACAUCCCGGCUGGCGUCUUGAAUGUAGAUGUCAAGAUUGAGGCCGCCUUCCAGGGCUCAGGUCUAGUACUUGUCACGAUGCCUGUAGAGUUGUGGACAAUGCUUCCGGCAGAUGACAGCGCCUAUCGCUUUAUCGCCCAUGUGGCAUCAAAUAAUACUCUGCCACGGUUGACCCAAGGUCUCCCUAUACGCCCUGCGCCUCCCUCUGGGCCAGAAAACCAGCCUUUUCAUCGUCAGGGAAAGUGA